CAAAAAGACACGUUAUGAUAUUAUACAGCAUGCUUAUCAUCUACUGUCCAUGUAUGAUGUCAUGUGUGGCACAAGCCCCAAAUCUUUUUCACAGCGAUAACAUGGUCAAAUAGAAGAUGGACGGCUGCCAAGUAACCAGCCGGUGCAGUAAUAGGAAUAAGACGUCAGCUUUGAAGGCUGGAUGGCUGUGAGCAUGUCAGUAGGACUGUAAAUCCACUGUGUUCAACGCUCACUGUGAUGUGCCACCUGUAGCUACAUCAGAGCUCAGAAGUUACUCAUGCUUGUGUUGCAGCUAUGGACAGAGUGCUGCCCAUGACACACUGAAAGGAAGCGGAGCACAGAGAAUCACAGGUGUUUGGAUCUCAACAAAAAUGGGGCAUUCAUCUUUUCUCCUCAUUGUGUGUCUGUCUUCACUUGGAAGCCUCAUUCAGACUUUGCAUUCACUGGACAACUCUGAUUCAGUCCAACUGACUCGAGGCAUAGGCAGAAACAACAAUGCCCCGGACAGCUUGUCCAGUGAAUUAAUCUUCCAUUCGGUGAGCAGCAGUGACUCUGUGGAGGGCAGCGGACAGCGUGUUGACAGUAAAGCAUCGCGGAGAGCUGGCAGUGAAAAGCGCUCUGGGUCUACGACACCAGCACUUACUCUACACCACUCAGGGGCUCAGGGCCAAGGAGCUGACAGAGCUAAUACUUCAAUUACAGGACAUACUCAGUCCAGUGUGCACAUUAUCUCAGAGGAAGCUCUUGGCCACGUCACAUAUGAAGAGUUCAAAGAGAGUCAUGUAUUCACAGUAAAUGAUGAUUUUCUGGGCGAUCAGCUCUCAGGUAAAGACAGGCCGAAACUGCCCCUACAAACCAAUGUGUUUACUUCCAUGCCAAACCAGAACCAGUCAGGACCCGGAGGCCCCUGUGUGCUCGGACUCAGCCCUUGUGUUUUCCCAAGCUUUAAUGGCACAAAUCUGCUCUGGGACGACAUGAGGCGCACUCUGGCAUUUGCCUGGGAACUUCACGUCUUUGGAUCUGCCGGCCUUUUCAUCUCGCUGGCCGUCCUGGCAGUUGUGGGGAUGGCUGGUGCAUGCACUCUUCCUCGUCCUUUCUGUGACGCCCUGACUCUGGCGAACGGUCUUCUGAUCCUGAGUGGUACUCUACGCGCCGUCCUCCUUCUAAUCGAUCCUUACGGGACCCGUCAGAUCCUGUCUCGUGCUACUCUGGCAGCACUCCAUAAUAUUCCCAUGCAGCUCCUUCUGUGGGCGCAGGUUGCCCUCGCUCUGGUCACACUCAGAGAGUUCAAUUUAUUGCUUUUCCCACUAAAGCUGCAGCAGAUGUGGUUGGUUGGAGGGCUGGCUGUUUUACAUUGUGCCCCAUUAGUUGUUGCAGACCUUUUCUCUCAGACUUUCUCACCUGCUCUCCCUCUGUUACUACAGACCCUAUCUCUCUGCUGGGGUCUCCCGUUCUGCAUGGGGAUCCUCCCUAAAUGUUGCUCUAAUCUACAUCCUUUCCUCAGGUCGUCUGUACCUCAGUGGGGUCCCUCGCAGAGGAUUGAAAAGUGUGCAAAGCGAGUUACAGCAGUGUGCGCCUUCCUCGGGGUCCUCUGCUGCAGCCUUCAGAUGUAUAGUCUCCUCUGGCUUUAUGGGUUGCUGGGGAACUGGAGGCGCUUUGGUUGGGGCUGGUGGCUCAGUCAGUUUUGGGCUAGAAUACUUGAGUUAGGUUGGGGAUUCUCUCUGCUUGUCCUGGGCUCGUGGAUCUUCUGGAUGCCAUCUAGAGGUUUUUCAAGGGGUGAUCUAGGGCAGAGCAGAAGUGAGCUGUUUAGAGGGAUGAAGGAGACAAGCUUGUUGCGCAGGGUCUUGGCCCACAUACGGAGAGGGCCACUCAGAAAAUCAGAGAAAACCUGGGAGGACCUGAUGCCAAGAAACUGGGCAACAUGCAACCUGUCUAAAACAGGUUUCGGUAACAAUAACAUCAUGUGUCCGUAUGAUGAGCCAACAUCCAACACUAUUCUAGAAUACAGGCCUGACCCUGUUAGCAUCAGCUGCUCCGACUCUCAGGCCGCAUUACUGUGGCAGAAAGUUGGUGAACGCGAGUGUGUUCUUUCACUUAUAGAAUUCGACAUGCGGCCGCCGUCUCCUAUCAACCUCAGGCGCAGCAUUGACAAUGCCCUUCAUCACGGACAGCUUCUAACAGGAGGUCUGUUCACACCUCCACCUCCCUCAUGGACUCAAUCUCUGGGCACAGACACCACUGAUGGAGAUGGUGGCACAACUGCAUUCCCUCCAGCUUAUGUUGGCCAUAGGUGGAAUCUAGAAACAGAUUCUAUUUGCCCAUCAUUAGACCACUUCCAAGCAAAAGAGCCAAUAGAGUCACCAGGUGCUACCUCAGAUUAUAACGGCAGUGACUGGUCUCCUGCUAUUGCGCACCAGAGAGAAGAACUUAAUCCAGCACUCCCAGCAGCGAAUCAACAGCUGGACUGGUCUGAGGACGACGUCACUGAUCUCUAA